AUCGCAUUUGACCAGGACAUUUUGCACGAGCCUCAGCGACUCGAAUCAUAUCUCAGCUCGUGGCAGAUAAGAGUACCAAGCGACAAAACCCACCUGAAGUAUACGCGCAAGGCCCCAGCAAUACACUCAAGCUAGAACCACUAACUUACCACGGAGGUCGACACACCGCCCGUAUUUCUGCCUGAACCAUCAGGCCUCUAAAGCUACUACCACCUUAACGUUACCAGACCAUCGCCGCGCCUGCAGCGCCAGCCAGCCCAGCCCGCAAUCCCGCGCGCAUCUCCGAAUAUUUGUUCCCUCAAUGCAACCACCACCACUACCACCAUCGCCUUCAUUACCACCUCCUCAACCUUCAUCACACAGCUCGCAUAUACACACCCACGAAUCACAAUGGCCCUAGUCGCCUACUCCGACUCGGAAGCCUCCGACUCCGAACCCGAAACCACCACCACCACCACCACCACCACCACGACGAAGAAACCCACAUCCACCGCACCAGCACCAGCACUACCCUCCACAAUCACCACCACAACAACAACCUCAUCAACAACACCAAAACCCUUCCAAAUCGACCGCAGCAACCCCCGCAAAAUCCGCGUCGCCCUCCCGGACCUCAAACCCGACACCAGCACCAACGAAGACACCGACGGACCCGCGCGCAAAAAGCCCCGAAUUGGCGGCGGUGGCGGCGGCGCAUUCGCGGGAUUCAAUGCGCUCCUCCCCGCUCCCAAGAAACCCGCAGUUACUCCUAAACCGUCUGCGACCGGAUCCACGAGGAAGGUAUUCAGUCUGAAGACGGGGGCGACGCCGGGGUUCGAUCGGCAGGCGGACGCGGAGAUGCGAAGUGAGAUGGCUUUUGGGCGGUUGGGCGAGGAUGAGACAAUUCCGAAGGCGGGGAGUUUGCGGGGGGAUAACGAUGAUAUUCUUGGGGAAGGGGAAGGGGGGCAAGGGAAGAACGAGGGUUCGAAGGCGAAUAUGGAUACGAAGCCACCGCCGGAGGUCAAGUUGAAGGGGAAUCCGAUGAUGUUUAAGCCGUUGUCGGUUGGGCGGGGGACGCAGGGGAAAGGGAAGCGGAAGGCUGGACCUAUUGCUGUAACCGGAAGUGGUGGUGCUUCGGGGCCGUUGAAGAAGGAUCUAGGGGGUGGUUCGUCUGCUGGUGCUGCUGCUGGUGUUGCACCACCUGUAGCGGCGGCUGCGCCAGCGCCAGCACCAGCACCACCCAAACCAAAGAUCAGUCUGUUCUCACUCUCCUCGUCGACAGAGGAGACCGUCACCGCGCCAGCACCAGCACCAGCAGCCUACGAACCCCUAGUCUACACCAGCACCCAAGAAGCCACGGCGCCCGCCGGCCCCGAACCCCCCGCUGCCGCUCCCGAACUCGCACACCCCUCCUACCCACCAACUUCAACCACAACAGGAAACACCACCCUCAGCGCCAUCGCAGAUGACCUCAACCUCACUCGCGCCCAAAGGCGCCAGCUCUUCGGACGGUCCGCCGACCCCUCCGGGCCAGCCGCAACCGCAGCAGCCCCGCGGGUCCUCCACUUCAACACCGACCGGGAGUACGCCGCCAACCAGCAGAUGGCCCACGAGGACCUCGCGGCCGCGCAGCAUAACCCUGUCCGGGCGAUCGCGCCGGGCAAGCAUACGCUGCAGCAGCUGGUCAGUGCGGCGAGCACGCAGCGGGAGGCGCUGGAGGAGAGUUUCGCGACGGGGCGGAGGAACAAGAAGGAAGCCGGGUCGAAGUAUGGCUGGUAGAAGAUUAUCUAUCUUGCUGGUGGGCUGGGUUGGGUGGUGAUUGAGGGAUUUCUUUGGCUGUUGGCCGCCGAGGGCCAAGGGUCAAGGGGGAAGUGGGAAGUGGGAGGUUGGAGGUGAAGUCUGAUGCUGACGUCCAGGCUGUGUAUGUAGUUACCAUUUGAUUGGUUUUUUUUUCCGAUGGAUAGGGAUGGACUGCCUUGUAAAUUUAAUAAGAUACGGCAAACGUAAUCUACGUGGGAGAAUCUGC